GUCUUAAAUAACUUUAUGUCAUGUUAUCAAGUUUAGUAAUUGACUUUCCUAUGUAGAAUUUCUGUGUUUAUAUUGUUAUGGUUAACCUAACCGAAUAUUUUAUAGUGUGAAUUCACAAUGAAAAUAAUAUAUUUGUAAAGAAAAUGUAUUUUGAUUUAUGCUGCAGGUAUUUUUAAGCUCAUUAAUGGGCUUAAUGUAUGGUUUGAAAAUCUAAGAUUUACUUAGGAUCUUUCGACGUAUUAAAUUAAAACAAGCAUGUGUACCACAGCAUCACUGGAUACAGGAUGAUGCCAUCAGGACAAAGGGAUAAACUUGGAUAUAAGUUCAACUUUAACCUAACACAAUUUUAGGUGGUACUUAGAAGAAAUGAUUCUCUCUUUAAUUCCAACAUUCAAUGUGGAUUUUUGAACUUGAUUGAUCAACUAGUUACACAGAAAGUCCUUGUGUAGUUGCCCUUUGAACAAGCCAGGGGAUCAUGUCGUCAUUGGAUGAAAGUUGUCAAUGCCUUCAAGAUGCUAAUGUGAGUCAGUCUUCAAUGGAUGAGAAAUCGGAACCAGAAGAGUCAAUCCACAAGUUGGACUUCGGAGAGAAUGUACCGCCCGAGGAAGACAAGCUGGCCCUGGUGGCGGAGGUGCACUCGUCCGGCGCGGUGUUUGCCUGCCUCCAAAAGACGCUGGUGAGGCAGGACGGCGACGCAAGCCCCAUGCAGCUGGUCCUGGGGUCGGAGGUGGAAUGCCUCGCCAUCAGCGACGACGGGCGCCACGCCGUCGUGGGGCUCCGGAGCGGCGAGAUCACAAUUGUGCAUUUCAAGAUUGAGGCUAAGAUCGUCUUCAGCAGAAAGUUGCCUGGAGAUUUUUCUCAGUCUGACGGCACUCCUGUUAUGGUUGAAAUUGUGCUGUGGCACAGAAGAAAGGAUAUCUAUGAUAUUCUGAUCAUCUUGUCUUCAGGCAGAGUGAUGAGGCUGCGUGGCGUUGACUUGAGAUGUUCGGAUGCCCCGCAAAAUCUUGAUGAUUCGUUGCCUGUAGAAAUACUUAGAGAAUGCUUGUCUGGAGAAAAGGUGAACACUGCAUGUACCGCCAAAGUGUUUGGCAACACCACCAUCUUCCUGGGCGGGAACGUCGUCAUCUCGUUGAAUGAAGACGGCAAAAGCACUGUUGGUGACCUGCAGAAAACAAAGUGUAGUCUACAGAAGCUCAGCGCCCUGGAAGGCACUAAUUUAUUGAUUGGCUUGACUGAGGACCAUUCGAUGGUGGCCAUUGACAUCUACACCCUCAUGGCACUGAAGCUGUGGCACAAAUACACCGUCAGCGACUUCAGGCUGUUGUACGGGGAGGCCCAGCAGAGAGCAGUGUUGCUGACUGCUCCUGAGCAAUACUCGACGGAGGACUUCCUGAAGUGUCACUUGAUCAUGGUCACUUUGCCAGAUUUUCAAGAACAUUUCAAGACUGAAGUCAACCCUGUUACAUUUCUCGUUGGAGGAAAAACAAAUGAGAUGAUAUAUUUUGAAUUCUGUGAACUAGGGUUUUUGAAGAAGAAAAUUCAGUUUUGGAAGGGACCACUUUCUCAUGAAGAAAGGCUGAAGCAGCUGCUGGAGCAGGGCAGGCUGGAGGAGGCGGAGGAGCUGGCGCGGACCGAGGGCCUGGACGCCCGCCCCGUGCUCAAGGCCCGCGCCUUCCGCCUCGUGGAGGACCUGGUCCCGUGGGAGGGGGCGGAGCGCCAGCGCCGCGUGUUCGACGACGUCCUCGCCCUGCUGGGCCACUUCGAGUUCGUGGGCUUCCUCAGGCGGUUCUGCGACGUCACCAUCGUCGGAGACUACGACCGCACCAGGAGCUUGUUCCACUACGCCCAGAAGAAGCUAGACUUGGUGAACGCAGAGGAUGAGGGGAAGAUAUCGAGAGAACAUGCUGCCUUGCUGAGCACUGUGUCCAACAUUCUCCUAAGACUGAACACGUACAAGAUGCUCUAUCCAGAGCAGUCCCAGGACAGCAGUUGGCAGGUCUUCCAUUUGUGUGACCUCUACAAGGAGUGCCUGCGUUUUCUAUCAGAGGGUCAGCUGAAUCAGGCAGGUCUGAUCUGGCUGCGGCACAACUCUAGCUUCUGCAUGAGCUUCUCGGAGGAGAAGGUGCAGGAACUCGUAUCCGUGCCCAGGGGGGUCUGUCUGGACGACUACCUGCGGUGGCUGAAGUGCAUGCUGCCCGCGCUGCUCAACAGGCAGCCCCACUGGUACAAGCUCGUCGUCGCCUCCGCCGUGGCGAGGAUCAGGUCCGCGGAGUCUGAAGACAGCUCGUGGCCGGCAGCUGCCCUGAGUUUCGCUCGUCAGCUGCGGGACUUCCUGCACUCGGACAAGCGGCUGGUCGCGGACGUGAGCUCCGUCAUUGUUCUGGACUACCAGCAGUACGACGAGGCCUCCCUCGUGAAGCAGUUCUACGACCUGAUAUUCACUCUAGAGCAGUUGGAACAUCUGCAGCAGAAGAACCACAUUCACAUUUCCUUGGCAGAGUUCCUGCAGACGGACAAAGAGGAAGUGGUGUACGCACUGCUGAACCAAGUGCCCCCGAGCGACAUCGCAGCAUUCCUGGACGGUUUCCUGGCCGGCUACAUGCUGGACCAGGGGCUCCAGCACGACCAAGUGCUCUUGGAUUACGUCACGAACAUCGCGGCCGACGCCAACUGGUGGGACUGCAGCGUUGUCUCGUCCGGCUGGGAGGAAGCUGCAGCCGCUCUCGUCCGCUGCAUCUACGACUCCGCGGUCAAGGAACAGUGCAUUGUGGCUGUGCUGAAGAGCGCUCAAGUGCCGUGGAGCGAGACUGUUAGUGACCUGGUCAAGCUGGGCAUCCAACUGAAGCAGGCUCUGGCUUCUGAAAUAAGGCAGCAGUUGCAGCUGGUGGAUGCGAAGCUGGUCAUGAAGAAGUAUGGUCUCAGAGAUAUCUCCCAGAUUAAUAGAAGAGUAAUUCAGUACAUUUUAAGACAAGGCCACGAGGACUGCCUGCAAGAUGCCCUGCAGUUCGCGUCGUCGUCACAGAGGUUGACCGAGGAGGUGUACGUCAUCUUCACCCAGGAGUACAUCUCCAGCGGGCAGGAGGACCGGGCGCUGGAGCUGCUGGGCUCGCUGAGCCCCGCGCUAGCUGCCCGCGCCUGCCGGCAGAGCGUGUUCCGGGUGAUGGCGCGGCUGGAGCAGGAGGCGCCCGACGACCGGGCGUGCGACCGCCACGUCUCCGGCCUGCGCCUCGCCCGUGCGAGGCUGCCCGAGGCCGACCUCUGCUGCGCCGCCGAGCUGGAGAACAUGUGCCACAUCGCCCGCCAGCGGGGCGUCACCCUCAACGAGAAGAUGUACUCCACGGCGAAGGUGCGCACCCAGCUGCUCGAGUCCUUCGUGGGGAAGUUCGUCGAGGCGGGCGACUACGCCCACGGGAAGAUACGGCAGCUGGUGGAUCGGCUGGCCAGAUUCUUUGUGACCAAACGGGAAGAAGUCUUGUUGCUGCUGGGCAUCCAGAACUUGGAGCUGCAGAAAGGAGCUGACUUGACUGAGAAGGUUAUUGCGUUACUGUCGCUGGGCUGCGAGACUUGGGAGGAUAUCCCUGUCAGACUUCACUCAUUUCUCUGCAGAGUUCUCUGCAGUGAGAACACCCUGACACCAGCAAUCGCAGCACACAUUGAGGAGAUGGUGUGCAGCCUGUGUGCAACAUGCGGGAAGAGCGAGCUACAUGAUUGGGUGUCGCUGUAUUCAUGGGCCUGGAUGUUGAACCAGUCGCUUAGCAACAGUGCUGCCAACACCCAGAACACCAGGGACCACUAUGUCCGAUGGCGCCUUACUCCUCUCUACUAUGACUCGCACCCAGAGGCGGCGGGAACUGCCGGUGUCUUGAGCGAAUUCUUCCUGCUCAUCGUGUACUACAGCCGCAAGAAAGUUUGGCACAGGACGGACAGUGCAUUCUACCUUAACUUCAGCAACAACAAUGACUCAAAGUGGCUGAAAGCUACCAAACAUCGCCGGAAAGAGCUUCUGUCGAGGAUGGACUCGGUGUGCGAAGUCCUGUGCCAACACGGCGACCUCCUGAGCCUGCAGGCCGCGGCGACCUUGGCCGGGUCCCUCUCCAUGCUGCAGGCAUCCCUGGAGAAGUACAGCAGCGGCGUGGAGGCCCACCGCGUGAGGGCCAAGCUCCGGGACGCUGUCGACGGCUGCCUCCCGGCACUGCUCCUCAAGACGAUCGGAGCUAUCAGGAUCGACCAGGCACUCGCCUUGGGCGUGCUGUGCUCGUUUGUCAGCGGAGACCGUGCCCAGCUGUUCCGGGAGUACCUGAACCGCUUCUCCUCGGACAGCUACAGGUCCAAGUUGCUGGCACAGCUCGGGCUGCAGUUCAGCAUGAUCACGGACGAGUCCGCAGGCAGGGCUUGGUACAAGGACCUCCUGAAGAGGCUCAAGUGGUCCGAGAAGCUCAUCUCCCUGGGGGUUCCCUGCGGCGACCUCUUCCGUGGAGACGGCUCCUUCGUCGAUGUGAUACUAGACGGGCUGACGUCCGCGAGGGGCGUGAACCUGAGCAUGAUCAUCGAGUACUGCUACGACUUUGACGUCGGGCUGCUCACGUCCUUGACCAAGUACCUGGAGAAGGUGAUAGGUUCCUGGGAACCGCAGAUGGUUGUUACCACAAACUUCGAGGGCAGGAGAGAAAUGGUGGUAAAAAACGACGAGGAGGAGGUGUUCGCAAAGUGCAAGGAAGUGGUGGAUUUGCUCAAAGCCGAAUAUGAGAAACGGAUCUCGGUGUUCCUGAUCGAGCUCAUGAGCAACAUUAACUUCUACCAUUACGAAAUGUACAUGUGUGUUUUCAAGCUGCUUAGGAGCCUCAACACCUCUCACCAGUUCAGGAUAAGCAGCAUCGUCCUGUAUCUCAAAACAUAUCAGAGAAACAUGCCGCCGCAGCAGGAAGAGAGGGAGCAGUGGCUACUGCGGUUCCCCGACAGCAACGGCCUGCCGCCCAUCGCAGAGUACCGCCUGCCCCUCGAGGUGUUCAUCCAGCAGGACAAGUGGAAGGUGCUGAAGCUGCUCGGCUCCGAGAUAAACCUGGCCACGUACAACCAGUGGCUGAUGGCGUGCGGCACCCUGCCCUUGGACCGAGACCGGAUACUGGGGAUCGCCAUCAAGGAGUCCGUGACUGUGAUCCAAUCCGACAAGAGUGCCCCGGACGAGGAGUGGUGCGUGUACAAGAGGAACAGCACGCUCUUGAAGCAGAUCGAGCAGUGCGCGGAGCAGUUCGGGGACCUUGAGGUCGCCAGCGCCUCUCUCUACUAUCUGGCGCACCACAUGCCUCCAGGCGUGGACCAGUGCACGGCUGCAGAGCUGUGCCGCAAGUACACGGAGAGGUGGGCGCUCAGCAAGGGGACCCAGCAGGCGUCCCAGCUGGUGGUGAAGAUGCGGCACAAGCACCUGCGCUGCGCCACCAGCAACAUACUGCACGGCCUGGGGCUGGGGCAGAGCGGCUACGUCGUGUUCUCCCCGGACCCGCGCCAGCUGCUGCACGUGCUCUACCAGCACCUCAGCGUCGUCGACAGGAGCCGGGGCACCGCGCCAGACCGCCCCGAUAUCAACAAAGCUGCGAAGAUGCUGGCAGCCCUUCACGAAUUUGAUCUUUUUGAGUUUUGGUCCGAGGAAGUGAAGGAGUGGAUGAUGCCAUAUCAACAUACCACACAAAAGGACGAGGUUACCAUGGAUUUAACAGUUCUGUUAUGCAAACAAGAACCGGUUCCAAACUUUGAAGAAAAUCUUGCAAGGGUAUGCUAUAUUCUGCAGCUGAAUAGCAAAGAAGAAUCCUCCAAUUUUCUGUUCUCAUUAGCUUUCAAGGAUCUGGCAGGAUUGUCUGACUACACGUUAAGGCUGAGGGCUCUGAAGUGCUUGAUGGGAUUUGCGGAGCCCAAGUUUUUGGAGGAAGUUACUUACAUGACAGUAGAAAAUAUCAGGAAGUACAUGAAGUCGUUAUACUACGUGAGCAAGCUGCAGAAGUUUGGCCUGGUGUACUCCGUGGAGAGUUUCGAGAUAACCGCGAAGAAGAGCAUCGUGCUGGACCUCAUGCAAGCCCACGAUCGCAACCCCGACGCACUGAUCCUAGUGUCGCGCAUGUGCAUCGAGUUCUCCAUGUUCUCGGCAGAAGUGUGGGUGCACUUGCUGCAGCAGAUGGCGAAGUUCAAGCUGGUGGAUGAGCUGGAGCACACACUGCUGGGCAUCUCUGGGACGCAGUACCACAUUCUGCGCAGUGCCAGUGUUGUUAAUGCCUGGAACACCGUGCUUCUUGAGCCGUUCCUAGCAGCGGACGGGCCGGCGCCGGGCGGGGAGGGGGAGGGGGAGCGCGCCUGCCUCCACAGCCUGGGGCUGCUGCAGUCGUGCAGCGUGGUGGACCUGGUGGACCAGGCAGCCCUCGCCGGCCACUGCCUGCGCCUGGGCCGCCCCGACUGGGCGGCGCUCCUGCUGCCCUACGCCGAGGAGGCCCGGCGAGCAGCCCUCCUCCAGGAAAUCUUGUCUGCAUCAGAACCCUCUGAAAUUAGACUGUCACUACAAAAACUUGCAGAAAAUGGUUUGCUGAUAGCAGUUCAGGCUGCAGAUAUGCUGCCAGCGUAAGUUGGUAAAUGCACGCGCUGAUUCAAGAAUGUGCCUUUGUACAGACUGCACGGGAUGCCUAAGUUUGCCAGAAAGCCUUCUUGCUGCUAGGUGUAUAGCUUUUGCAAGAGGUGUGAUCUGUAAACUUAAAUGAGCUUUCCAUUUUUUUAAUUAUUGAAAGAAAUUAUAACUGAACGUGCUCAUUUUGUUAGAAAGUAUCAUUGUUUCAAACUUACGUCUCAAUUUUUUUGGUGUGUUUUCAAGUAAUUUGUUGUAAGAACAUUUCACAUUUCCUGGGUUCUGAAUAGACAUACAAUAUGUUAGCUUAGUGAUGCUUUAGUUUUUGUAUUUGUAAUGAUUUAUCUCACAGUGAAUUAAACUAGUAAUAUAAUUAGCUUAUCUAUAUAAAUUUACUGUUAUAAAUUUGCUCUGCAUUUUAUUUUAUAACAAACAAAACUUGUUUUAUGCAUUUAUUAUUUUUGAUCUAACAUGGGAGCCAUAGUGGUUGAGUGUUCAAAAUAACUCGGUCUCUCACCAAAGUACUUUGGAUACAAUUCCUGACGACGUCUUAUUGAAAGUGUCAAAAUGUGGUGGACGUUGCAUUGAGCAGAUGAGUUUUUUCCUAGGUACUACUUCCAUUCCUCUCCUCCUUCCAACCCCCUUACCCAUGACCUUCUCCCCUUCUCCAUCAAUGAAUUUCACCACUGCUUAUUUAUUUUACUUGGUUUAACCGCUCGUUUGCCUCUCAUGUUGACAAGAUACUAAGCCCAGCAUUCUUUGAAUUUGCUGAGACCACUGUACUUAUAUUACCUAACAUAGUUUCAUGUUUUAAUCUUUGUUGAGCACGAACAUGAACUAAUCUCAUCCCAACACCAGUGCCAUGCUUUUUUUGCACUGCUUAAAAAAAAUGGAAACAUGGCAGCUAGAUAGUCACUUUGAAUUACGCUGGAAACAAUUGAAAGUAAUAAUACACAAUAACAAACAAUCUUCCACCUCAUUACACUACCAAUUACAAAAGACAAUAUUUUUAUUCUUUGUCUUUAGAAGCAUUCUUGCCUUGGCUUCAAGAGUAAGUGGGGCAAUAAUGACAUUUGCCCAUGGGAUAUGGGCGAUAUGGCACAUGUUCCAUUAUUUCUUUCCAUUCCUUAUACUAAACCCAUAUAGGUAUAUGCUUAUAGUGAUCAAAGAAGAAACUAUGCACUCUUCUAAAUGCCAUUCCUUUGUUUCAACUAUUGUGUCAUUGCCUUUUCCUGUCAUGAAAAAUCUUAAGUUUUGUCAUACUGUGUAUAAAAAUGUCAUUAUUUUGCCACCCAACAAAGUUUGUCCAAUGAGCAAAAUGUAGUGCACAUUAGCAGUUAAAUGUUUUGUCUUUCUAUUUGUUUAAUCCGUGCUUGUGUUUCUAAUUAUUGUUAUUUUAUGCAAGGCAGCACAUUGGUAAAACACUGGACUCAAAGCCAAGCAUUCAGGAUGAUCCAGGUUCAAAUAUACUCCCUGGAAAUGUAGGCAGUUGCAGAUUCUUUUUAAUCUUAUUUUCCUGAAUGUAAAAGUAAAGUAUGUAUCCUUGGACCUCACUGCCAACAUGACCUUUAGCCAAAUGAUUUGUUUUUACUUUUAAUUAGUUUGCCAGCUGCCUGUUUUCCUUCUUUGUAGUUUGUUCAUACUAAUUCUACAUCAAUACACAUAAGUGAGAAGAUAAAAAAAAUGAUUCUCAGCACAGUGUAAGUAGGUAUUUCUUUUGAGGAAAUGUUCUGCCAUAGACAGAUAAUUUCCGAGAUUUAGAUUAGAGUGUAGUUAUGAUAAUCCAUGUGUGCACUGUGCAUGAGAACCUACAUACUAAAUAUAGAAACAAAAAAGUAUACUUUUUGACAUUGCUGAUUCUGAAGGAGUAAUAUCAUAGUGUUUUUUAAGCAUAAAACUUUAUUGAAUUAAGUACUAAAAUCAACCAUAUAAAGUGUAUGAAAUUACAGACAGGAGGAAUACAAAAAUAUAAACAAUAAUUUAGAAAUGUUUUACCAAAAAACUAUUAUUUUGCACCAUGCUUGUGCAGUUAUCAUACCGUAUAACUUACAAUAGCCACUGUCAGUUACUCAUUCAUUUUUUAAAAAAAUUUUUUUUACUCUUUAUUCAUACUCAUUAG